CUUUUGAGGGCCCCCCAGGCGGGCCACAGCUUGUUCUCUCUGCUGCUGCUCCGCGCCGCACCCCCUCCUGUCCUCCUGCACCUGCUCUGAAACCGGGGGGUUUGGACCCGGUCUGUUCCGGGACCUCCUGCCACUGAGGGGGUCUCUGCUCCUCCUGCCUGCGUUCUGCUGCCUUCUGCUGCCUUCUGCUGCCUCAGAGGAGCCAUGAAGGGGAGCUGGCUGCUCCUGGGGGUUCUGCUCUCCGUCGGGGGUCUGUCCUGGGGGGAGAAGGGGCUAGAUUUCCCCGAAUAUGACGGAAAGGACCGUGUCCAUGACCUCAACUCCAAGAACUACAAGUCUGUGAUGAAGCAAUAUGAUACCAUGGUCAUCUACUACCACCAGCACGUGGGAGAGACCCGGCUCGCCAAGAAGCAGUUUGAGAUGGAGGAGCUGGCCCUGGAGCUGCUUACGAGCCCUGUUGCCCUGACGUACCAGCUGGCUGCUCAGGUCCUGGAUGAUCUGGAUGAUGAGGAUAUUGGGUUUGGUCUGGUGGAUGAACGGAAGGACAGUGCUGUGGCCAGGAAGCUGGGUCUGGAUGAGGUGGAGAGCAUCUACAUCUUCACAGAUGAUGAGAUAAUCGAGUAUGAUGGCGAGCUGGCAGCCGACACACUGGUGGAGUUUCUCUAUGAUGUGAUUGAAGACCCAGUGGAGAUCAUUGAUAAUGAAAGAGAACUGAAAGGUUUCCAUAACCUUGAUGAAGACAUCAAACUGGUUGGCUACUUUAAGAGCGAGAGGUCUCCUCACUUUGUGGAGUACGAGGAUGCAGCUGAGGAGUUCCACCCCUUCAUUAAGUUUUUUGCCACCUUUGACUCUAAGAUUGCCAAGAAGCUGAAGUUGAAGAUAAAUGAGGUGGACUUCUAUGAGCCGUUCAUGGAUGAACCUGUGGCCAUUCCCGGAAGACCCUACACCGAGGCUGAGCUUGUGGAUUUCAUUGAGGAACAUGACAGACCAACUCUGAGAAAACUGGAGCCUCACAGCAUGUAUGAGACAUGGGAGGAUGACAUCGACGGGCAGCACAUUGUUGCCUUCGCAGAAGAGGAUGACCCUGAUGGUUAUGAAUUUCUGGAGAUUCUGAAGGAAGUGGCUCAGGAGAAUACAGACAAUCCUGAACUCAGUAUUAUCUGGGUCGAUCCGGACGACUUCCCCCUGCUCGUUCCCUACUGGGAGAAGACCUUCGACAUCGACCUUUCCUCCCCACAGAUUGGUGUUGUUGAUGUUGAAGAUGCCGAUAGCGUGUGGAUGGAAAUGGAUGAUGAAGAAGACAUGCCUACUGCAGACGAGCUGGAGGACUGGAUCAAUGACGUGCUGGCCGGCAGAAUUGAUCCUGAUGAUGACGAUGAUGACGACGAUGAUGAUGAUGACGAUGAUGAUGAUGAUGAUGAUGAUGACGACGAUGAUGACGAUGACGAUGACGAUGACGACGAUGAUGAUGACGAUGAUGAUGACGAUGAUGAUGAUGAUGAUGAUGAUGACGAUGAUGAUGAUGAUGAUGAUGAUGACGAUGAUGAUGAUGAUGAUGAUGAAUAGAUCACUGCGUUUACCUUGUGAUUUGGUUGGCCAGGUCUGGUCAGAAGUCAUUGCAGAUCUUCAUCACCACUGUCUUCACAGGUCGCUCAUCCCCAUCCCCGGUCUUCAGUAAAAGUGAAAAACCACUUCCUGCCCAUCUGAGGCUCACCACUCUCCUGACUGAAGGCUUCAUAGCUCCAUAUUCACCUGAGCUCAGACAUCACAAACAGCCCUCAUUUAUCAAACUGGUUAGUUUUGUUAGAAGUUGUAUUUAAUGCUGAGUGACAUAAACCUACUCUUCCUCCAGGACAGUGUAAAACAGGCUGUUUAUUCACUUCUCAGGAAAACUGAAAGCAUGCAGAGGAAACAUCCAUUUCUGUAAAAUGGGGCGUGUCCUCUUCCUGAGUGUGUGUGGGCUGCAUCCCCUUCUACCUGUCACAUGACAUACCUCUUCCCAGGGCCACACCCCCUUUUAUCUGUCACAUGACAUACUGUAAAUCAACAGAAAGAGUUUUAUUCUGGUAAAGUUUUUUUAUUUAAAUUUUUAAAAAUGGAACUUAAUUUCACAAUAAAAGUCUUAAAAAAGGACAGCUUGGAAAAAGAUGGAAGUAAUAUGAAGAAAGUUGGAUGUUGGAAAAAGAAAAAGGUUUUAAAACAAA